UUGCUGGGAAGGGGGGGAUAAGAUCAUUUCAAUUGGGAAAGACAACAUUUCAGGAUACCUUUCAUCGAAUAAUCCAUACUUUGGUGCCACCGUUGGACGAGUUGCGAAUCGUAUCGGCAAAGCAACUUUUGUUGUGGAUGGCCAACGUUAUAAUGUAUCCAAGAAUACAGGUGAGAACAGCCUCCACGGUGGUACUCGCGGUUGGAGUUUCAAGGUAUGGGAUGCAACAAUUCAAGGCGAUUGCGUGGUGAUGACUUUGGUCAGUCCGGAUGGUGAUGAAGGUUAUCCGGGAUCAGUAACGGCGAGAGUGAGCUUCCAACUGACGAAUGAUGGAGAGUUGCGCAUAGAGAUGAAAGCCAAGUCCGAAAAGGCAACGCCGAUUAAUUUAACGAAUCACGGCUAUUUCAAUCUCGCUGGACACGCCACAAACGCAGCAGAACUGUAUAAACAUGUGAUCACGAUGAACGCCGAUCGUUGGACGGUCACGGAUUCCGAAAGCAUUCCUACCGGCGAGAUUCGGUCAGUUGCGAAUAGCGUAAUGGAUUUGAGGAAUCCAACAAAGCUCGGUGAUGUCAUCGACAAAGUACCGAAUGGCGGUUAUGACUACAAUUUCUGCUUGCCAGAGUCGUCCAAUGAUGGAAAAGUCAAUUUUGUAGCCAAAGUAGUACAUCCACCUUCGGGACGUCGUUUGGAAGUAUAUUCGAAUCAACCGGGCGUUCAGUUUUACACGACCAAUUCUGUACCUGAAAAUGGCAUCGUGGGCAAAAACGGAGCAAAGUACUUCAGACACGCCGCUUUUUGCUUGGAAACGCAAAAUUAUCCCGACGCUGUAAACCAUAAAAACUUCCCAAACAGCGUGCUGCGACCAGGCAAUACGUACAAUCACGUUGUCGUGUAUAAA